CACCGGCCGACACCACAACUUAAGACAACUUACUGCGGACAGUAUUUUUCUUUUAUGUCGACCGCGAUGAAGUUCGGUACGUUGUCAGGUGUGGUAGGCCACCGCCAUGAACGUACAGACGGUCGCGGCCCAUUAUUGAUUAAAAGCAGACAUUUUUGUUCUGUGAUAUUAAUAUUAUUUUUGUGAUUAAAAGACAGAAUCAUAGUACAGAACAUAGUUAUCAUACUCUUAGAUAGAUCAUAGAGAAUUAGAGCGAGGAGUCAAUGAAUGACCACAAUAAUCUAUAACUUAACUCUUGAGGUCGUACUUUUAGCUAAUGCUGGCGCUGUACCAGUAUAAAACUUUUAUGGCCUAUGUCCCUGGACAAUCAUUUAUUUAACCUGUAAUUAUUACUAUUAUUAUUUUAUUAUUUAAAAAUGCCGCUAAAUGAUCUACUGUCCACACUCGGUGACAAUCCGUACUUCGGUGCAGGCUUUGGUCUGUUCGGGCUCGGAUUGGGAGCAGCCGUGUUGCGCAAGGGCGCCUCCGCCGGUCUAGUGUUGUUUCGCCGAAAUUUCAUGAUGACCUUGGAAGUACCGUGCCGUGACAAAAGCUAUCAAUGGGUACUUCUGUGGGUAACGCAAAAGGCAGCCAGGCGUACUCAGCACCUGAGCGUAGAGACAACUUUCGAACAAAUGGAUACCGGACGGGUGAACACCACAUAUCAUUUCUUACCCAGCAUUGGAGUACAUUUGAUUGAGUACAAUGGUAAAUAUAUUCAAGUAACCAGAACAAGAGAACAACAAUCGUUAGAUUUGCAUGCUGGUGUUCCGUGGGAAAAUGUUGUACUCACUGCAUUUGGCACAAAUAAGUCGCUAUUCACUAAUAUAUUAGAAGAAGCUCGUCAGAUGGCUUUAAAAACAUUGGAAGGCCGUACAAUAGUAUAUACCGCUUUAGGAUCAGAAUGGCGUCCUUUUGGACAUCCGCAAAAGCCUAGGCCUCUAACAUCAGUUGUAUUAGAUGAUGGUAUUUCUGAAAGAAUAUUAAAGGACGUACAAAAGUUUAUUUCCAAACCAUUUUGGUACAUUGAACGUGGGAUACCAUAUAGAAGAGGUUAUUUAUUGCACGGUCCACCUGGUUGUGGAAAGACAUCUUUUAUUAAAGCUUUAGCUGGAGAACUUCAGUAUGGUGUAUGUUUAUUAAAUUUAAGCGAACGUGGACUCACAGAUGAUAGAUUAAACUAUUUAAUGACUGCUGCUCCUCAAAAUACAAUUAUAUUAUUAGAAGAUGUAGAUGCUGCUUUUGGCGGAAGACAUGAAUCUAAACAAGUUGCUUCUGCUUAUGAUGGACUUAGUCGUGUAACAUUAAGUGGCUUAUUAAAUGCUCUUGAUGGGGCUGCUUCAUCUGAAGCUAGAAUAUUAUUUAUGACAACAAAUUACAUUGAAAGACUAGAUGCUGCAUUGAUAAGACCUGGUAGAGUAGAUUCAAAGGAGUAUAUUGGUCAUUGUUCACAGUCACAAAUUGAACGAAUGUAUAAUCGAUUUUUCCUAGAAAAUAACGAUAAUGAAAAACAUGCUAAAGAGUUUGCGGAAACUGUUUUCAAAACUGGAAAACCUGCAAGUGCAGCUCAAAUACAAGGUUAUUUUAUGUUAUUAGAAGACUCAUCUCCCAGUGAAUUAAUUAAGAAUUAUAAUUUAAUUUGGGAUGCAUAAAAUUUGAUAAAUACAAAUUUGUUGUAUAACUUUGUACUUUUUGUUACCUAUCUGUUUCUCAAUUUAUAUUAUUUAUACAUUUAUAAUAAAAAAAAAAAAAAAAUGAGAAAGAG